UUUCUCCAUUAAAAAUCUUUGACCAUCCAUUACUUAUUCAAGUAUGCACACAUAAAAUGAGGGAAAAAAAUAAGUCGAAAAAGUAAAUUUUCCAGAUGAUUAAAGACGAUAAUCCCAAAAAUACUUGUCCCGUGAUAUAUUGUGAUCCAAGUUCCGGAAUUAAACAAUCCCCCGUGUGUGGAUUACAAUGCUAUUAUAAUAGCUUCUCGCUGCGUGUUCACAAGGAUAUUAUAUUGAUACAGUUCUUAAUCUGAAACAAUAAAAGACUCGGAUGGCUUUCGUUGAAGAUAACACCACAGGAAUGGACUCCAAUUAUACAAAUGAAAUUGACAACCGUUUUAGUAACAUCUCAGUCUAUUUAAAUGCAACUGGGAAUAUAUCUGGAAAUGGACGUCAAUUAAAUAGACCCAUCUUCAUUUCCUCUGGACCUUUGUUCGAUGACGUAAGUGACAAAUACAUGACGUCAGUGUUGUUACCGUCACUUGUUUACGUGAGUUUUCUUCUCCUUGUUGGAAUUCCAGGGAACCUGAUGGUGAUUUAUGUGUACUCAUUGAAAUGGAGAGCCAACACGUCUCGUGUGUUCAUCUUGGCCCUUGGAUCGUACGAUUUCAUCAAUUGUGUGACGUCACUGACAACGGAAAUAGUGUUGCUUUCCCGAUUCCUGAAUUUUGAUUUUCCAGUGUGGUGUAAGGUUUCUCGAUUUUUGUCGGCCUCCAUCAACAGCGGUUCAACGUUUAUCCUCGUUGCUAUCGCAACGGAUCGCUUCUUAAGAAUAUGUAAAAUCCACAAGGACCCUAUUUCUGUAGAGCUGGCACGAAGCCUCGUUUUCAUUUCUGGUUUCUUUGCGGUUCUUACGUCAUGGCCGGUAUUGUUGUUAUAUGGUUCAUAUACAGUGAUUAUUCCUCUAAAGCCGCCUGUCUUCGUUAAGGGUAAGACUUGCCUGGUAUCGGACAGUAUGGUGGAGACAAUGUAUCCAUUGAUAUUUGUCAUUUUCUUGCUGUCCGCUCAUUUCUUGGUUGACAUCGUACUGAUUGCCCUGUACUCAUUCGUGGGACGAGUUAUCUAUCACCAGCAAGCUUUCCGGAAGUCCAUGAUCAUAAAUAGCUCAAUUAAAAACUCCACAAAACCAGUCAACAAAUCAGACGGGUCUAACUCUAAUUUUACUGUGGAUGAAUUAGAAGAACAUCGUCCUGCCUUAAAAGAAGCACAACCCGAAAAAAACAACAGGGUAUCUAUCGUGUUUUGGAAGAAAUUAUCUCUUGAAUAUAGAAGGUCAAAAGUUCAAAAGAACCCUUCAAGCCAAAAGAAAAAAGUAAUAAAGGAACUCAAACAAUCGUUAAAAGGCCACCCUUCGAUCGAUUCUAAUACCGCCAAAUCAGGCAGCAAGUUUCGCGCUGGGAGAACCACCUUCAUGCUUUUUCUAGUGACCGUGUUGUUUAUCCUGUCUUUUCUGCCCUACUCUGUUUUGGUGAUCGUACGUUACACAGACCCAGGGUUCUACACCAGACUGACUUCCGGUGGUAAAGCGGUCUACAAUGUAUUCCUCCGCUCCUAUCUGCUGAACUCUGUGGUGAAUCCACUGGUUUACUGCUUCGUCAGUAAAGAAUUCAGAUCACGUUGUAAAGACGUCAUUCACUCGUUAGUUUGCUGCCUCCGUGACUAAUGAAUUUAAUUUUUGAGCGGUGCAUGUUUUUUUAAAUCGUUUUUUUCUUGUCCAUUACUUUUUAGACACUUUUUGCAUUAACUUUUAUAAAAAAAAAUGUAUUAGCGUAAAAUAGGUAAUUUUUUUUAAACUAGUAUUGUGUUGUUUAAUAUUUAAUUUCAGUCUGACAAAAUGCUUUGCUUUUGCCAGGUUUCAUCAAAAUGUUACAGGACAUAUCUCAUCCCAGCAAAAAAAACGUAAUAAAAAACCCCGGAAAGAGUGAGAUCAUGUGUGUAUAUAGCAGAGACCCGCGCUCGUCAAGUAUGCGGUGCUUGAGUACUAGUAUAUCGCGGCUACUUAGGAUUGCAUUCCGUUGGUUUCCGUUCCCUCUUUAUACGAGGGGAAUCCUGACGGAGAUUUCCCGUGCCUAAUUCCCACUCCUGACGAUACACACACACACUGUAAUGUAUAUAAAUUGUUUAUGAUAUCCAGGAGUCAGAUAAACAGAAGGCCGUUCACCCCCAGACAUUAUAAUAACAAAGACAGAUUGCAGCACGUAACAGAGCUCGGCAUCCUUAUUUUUAAAACAUUCUGAAAGAUAUUGACACCCAAUAAAAAUAUAAAUCACAGACACCUGACGUUAUAUAUUUUUUAUCAUGAUUUAAAAAACAUGUAUCCUUUAUACCUAAUUAUACACUAUGUAAAUUUGUUACGUUUACGAAAAAGAACGUUUUAGAAUCAAAUAUCAUCUUUAGUGGUACCGUACGCAGAGAUAUCAUGUAUGAAAUUCAAUUUCAUUCGACAUUUUAUUCUUUUAAUUGUUCUUUAGUUUAAUAACUCAGUGAAAUACAAAUAUCAUGGUAUUUAAAAAAUCCAUAAAGCAAUCAAUGACCGGACAGAAAAGAAGUAAAACAUACAUCAAUAUUAUCACAAUGUAUGUGCAAAAUAAGAAGAACCUUUUUUUGUUAAAAAAAAUCCGACAGAAAGUACCACAUAUUUUCUCGUUUCAUCAAUCAGAAAAAUAAAGAACGUGGUAUUUUUGGAUGAUUGUAAUUGAGAAAGAGUUGUUUUGAACCUUUAAUGAAAAAUAAUGUUUUGAUUAGCUAUAAACUAUCGUUUAAUGAAGAAAAAAAUCCUUUUAUUUCUUUGCUUUAAAAUUCGAAUAGUUUGUUAAAUCUUUAUAUAAAGCAUUAUCGUCUCGAAGAAAAUUAAUAUACUCUGUACUCUAAAAAUAGCCAGUUCGAGUAUAGUUCACAAAUUAUCUUCUGUAAAUAUAUUCCCUUAUUUUAAUAAAAAGAAGACUCGAGACAAACAUUAUAACCCGUUAUGAAAGUGUUUUUCAAUGAGUUCAUAGACAUAAUUUACAAACAUAAAGAACUAAAACUUGAACAAAACUUUUUACCAAAAUAGAAGAAUUCCGAACUCUGUAUCAAGCUGGAACUUAUCUGAAAACAUUAAGAUAAAUGUCAAGCAUAUUAGAUGACAAGUUUACCAUUCGAGAUAUUAGAAAUGGAAAACUUAUAUUCGAAAAAAAAUCCAUUUGCUUUAUGUCAAUUUAAGGGAAUGUGUGCUUCAAUUCUAUAACUUUCU